CCUUUCUGUGGAGAUAAAGACACUGUUAUCAUACAUUGUAAUCCUCCAAGAAAACAGAUUAUUGUUUAUGUUUAUUUUUUGUAUUUAAUUUUGUUAUAUUUGUGAUUUAAUUUUUCUUAUAAGUGUACCAGCAUGGAGAACAAAAACCAAUCGAAGGCUACAUCAUUAAUAACAUAUAUCCAUGAGAUUUCUGGACAGCUAAGAAAGCAAAAUAUCAUCGAGAGUGAACAUGCCUAUGCUAAAUUUUGGAAUCGGCAUCCUGAUCCUUCAAACAAAUCUCGUCCUGCAAGAUUUUUAUUCAUGCAAUCACUUGCCAAAUGGACUGCUGCUGAUAAAGACAGUGACAUUAUCGAUAUUGAUACACUUGACAAUAAGUCUUUCUUAUCUUCUAACCUAACCACAAACCCUCUUGUUGCCGAGGUCACUGCAUUAACAAAAGGUCAAGUCACAAUAACAGAAGAGUUUGCCGUCACUGACUCAGCGCCUAAUAAAUCAACUUGGAGUACUCUUGCACAGCGAAUAUGGGCAAAGGCUCUAAAUAUUUUAUACACCGAUCGGCUGAUUCGAUUGAGUGUUGAGGGUACGCCAAAUGAAAUAAUUGCUAAAAAAAUGAUCUCAAGCAAAUGUGCAAGCAAAUUUAGGCAUUUAUUCGCAUCACUAGCAUUUUGGGAUCCAUCAAUUUUAUCCUGGUUGCAUUCAACUUUAUUGGAACAUGUUUCUGGUCAAUAUCUGAUAGCUUAUCACGAAUCGAUGCAGAUAUUAAGAACCAAAUUACCUGUUCUGAUUGAUAGAUUCUAUUUACCGCCAGCACAAAAUGAUCCAAUUAGAAGUCGUAAUAAAGGACCACCGCCCGAUCCUAUCCAAAAUGUUCUCAAUAAUCACAAACCUAAACGAAUAAAGAACUGCCCUUUAUUCAUUUUAGUUCCUAAUGGACCACAGCCUCCUAAUUCAAUCAUCCCUCAAAGGCUGAAACAUUGGCAACUUUUAUUCGCCUCACUAGGAAAAAUUAUCACAAUUUCCAUAAACUACAGACCGGCCAUGAGAGUUAAAAGUUGUUUAAAUGAGAUUAUGACCGGAGUUCGUGAAAAAAUAACUGAAUGCCGAACAACCUUCACGGAAGGAAGACCAAUUAUUCUCGUUGGAUUCGGGCAUUCUUCCUUGAUUGCUACUCAUGUGGCCCUUGAUCCUGCUUAUAAAGUAACAGCAACUGUUUGCUUAGGUUUUCCAUUAGCUGGUGUAAAUGGUUUCCGAGGAGACUUGGAUGAUCCUUUACUAGAUACAACAGUUCCAACAUUAUUCGUCAUUGGUCAAAAUGCUACCCUGUCAUCUAUUGACGAUGUAGAAGAUUUUAGAGAAAGAAUAACCAAAACUGAGACAGGUCUUGUUGUAGUUGGUGGAGCUAACGACCAUCUUAUUGUCAGUCAAACUAAACAAAGAUUCACCGGAAUUACACAAGCAAUUGUGGACCGAUGCAUCUCUGAUGAAAUUUAUGAUUUUAUCAACUUUGUGAUGAAUCCUCAUUUUGUGCCAUCCGAGAAUAAUUAUAUUUCAGCAGCGGGCAAGAAUUUGUCUAAAAGCUUAUCCAAGUCAUUGAAUAAUGGUGGAAAAACUCCUAAAAGUAAAAGUAAAAGUAAAACAGAAAUUAAACCACCUAUCAGUGAUUCCGGCGUCAAUAACAAAAAUGAUGUCAUUCUUAGUAGAGUCAGUCCUCUUAAUCCCGAUAUAAACGAGGUCUCUGUUAGCAAUAAAGAAAGUGAGAUGUUAACCCAAUCAACUUGUCCUGUUAGCACUGACGCCAUAACCAACAUAAGUACUUCUGUUACUCUUACCGCUUCUCCCAUGGCUGAUACUUGUACCAAUACUAGCCUUACUUUAAUUAAUCCUAAUGUAAAAAGUAUUGGCACUGAGGGUGAAACUCCAAAACCAAAGCCAAAACCAAAGCCCAAGAAAAGUAAACCUAAGCCUAAAAAAGCAGACGAAACAAAGAAACCUGAUGAAUUGAAAAUUGGAAAAGACUUGAAAGAAGACAAGGAAUGUAAAACAUUAAAUAAAGAUGUCAAAGUUGGUAAAGAAACCAAAGAAAUCGAAGAAAAUAAAGAAGGUAAAGAUAUUAAAGAGACUAUUGAGACUAAAGUAGGAAAAUCUACUAAAGAUAGUAAAGAAACUAAAUCAUCUAAAGAUGUAAGAAGUAUUAAAGAUACGAAAGAAGACAAGAAAAAAGAUAAAGAGCUAAACUCACCAGUUAAAGUGACUCCGGAAUCUGUUCCAAUGUUAACUCAACCAUCGCCACAGCCGUUACCACCUUUACUUACAGCACCAAUCUUUACAGAACCAUCGACAUCUACCUCACCAUCCUCCCUGGUGUCAACUAUGGUGACCACCUCUACAUCUUCCGUUUUAUCAACCUCUGCGCCUCCUCCAUUGACGCCAGUUCAAUCUGUAACCGGAGCUGGUGUCUUGACUGGUACAAAGAGAAAGAAGAUUCCUUCUGUCAAAUCAUCUGAUUCUGACAGUUCAGCUUCGCAACCUAAAAAGAAACGUGAAGAAGUUUCUAUGAGUAUUUCGUCAUUGGAGAAAAUUGAAAGAACUCUGGAUGAGGUUAUUGCUACUUCAGUUCUGGAAUUUUCCCCAACAUUACCUAGUCCUACGAUUGAAAUAAGCGGUUCACCGACAGUUCCACCUCAAGCGGAGAAAAUUCCAUCAAUCCAACAAGCAACAUCAACAUCACUUAUAACUACACCUACAACUUCAGUAACAACAAAUUCAACACCAACCCCGAAAAGUAGCACGAAUAUUCAAAGAAAUUACGAUUUCAGUUAUGGAGUAUCUGAAAUAGUAACUCUCCCUCCUAGUUCAUCAGCUACACGAACCAGGCAAAUUAGAGCUCCUAAACAAUUGGAUAUUUAAUUGUCUACUUUUUAUUGCAUUUGUUUUUUUAAUGGUCAAGUUGAAGAUUCGAUCAGAAUCAAUUAAGUCACUUGAUGAAUAAAAUAGUACAAUUAUUUAAAUUUUGA